CACUUCGUAGACAAUAUGAACAACAUGUUCAUCAAACCGCUAAAGCUUUCAUCAAAUUGGGCAUGAGUGCCCGCAGUUCUGUGGGUGUUUUGGCCUUUAAUUGUGCCGAAUGGUUUUACUCGGCCAUGGGAGCCAUCCAUGCUGGUGGUGUUAUUGCUGGUAUUUAUACUACAAACUCCGCAGAUGCUGUUUUGCAUGUUUUGGAAAAUUCACAUGCUGAAAUUGUAGUAGUUGACGAUGCCAAACAAAUGGAGAAGAUACAUGCCAUCAAAGAUAAAUUGCCAAAUUUAAAGGCAGCCAUUCAAAUCCAGGAACCUUAUGCUCCCUUCAUGAAGAAGGAAGAUGGUUAUUACAGAUGGUCUGAAAUUGAAAAUAUGAAUGUUUCAGAUGUUGAAGAUGAAUAUAAAAAACGUUUGGAAAAUAUUGCCAUCAAUGAAUGCUGCUGCUUGGUCUAUACUUCUGGCACAGUUGGUAUGCCAAAGGGUGUGAUGCUCAGUCAUGAUAACAUAACAUUCGAUGUUCGUGCCAUAACAAAAUCUUUGGAACGUGUUGUUACUGGUUCAGAGGUUUUAGUCUCCUACUUGCCAUUGUCUCAUGUUGCCGCCCAGACUGUCGAUAUUUAUACAAUGACUGCUGUAGCUGGUUGCGUUUAUUUUGCCGAUAAAGAUGCUUUGAAAGGUACUUUGGUGAAAUCAUUACAAGAUGCUCGUCCAACAAGAUUUAUGGGUGUACCACGUGUCUAUGAGAAGUUCCAGGAACGUAUGGUUGCUGUUGCCUCCACUAGUGGUAGUUUUAAAAAAAUGAUUGCCAGCUGGGCUAAGGGUGUUACACUCAAACAUUAUAUGGAGAGCCAAGGGUGAGUUGUUGUUACUGUAG